AUGGUAUCACAACCCUCCGACUCAACAGCAGCUCCUCAGCUGCACAUCGAGAAGACCCCACGGUUGGUCAUGUUCGAGUUCCAUCAGAAUGACCCUAAGAAGGACACAGGCAUGCGGCUGGUUAAAAGAGGUGCUGCCAAGGCGUUGAAACCCCAUGUUCCGUUUCAAGGCGUCCUCUUAUCUGCUGAGGGGAAGUCCUAUCUGUCGGGUGGUGAUCGAGAGAUCGUUGCGAAGAGCGGAAUUGGCGCUAUAAACUGUUCCUGGAAUCGCCUCGAUGAAAUUCCGAAGCGAAUGAAGGUUCCUCCUCAUCAUUAUCGUUUGUUGCCGAUGACUCUAGUUGCGGCGAAUCCUAUAAAUUUCGGCAAACGUGGAAAACUCUGUACGGCUGAGGCGCUUUGCGCAGCUGCGUAUAUAACAGGGUACAAGGACUUCGCUGAGGAAACUCUCAAUGGAAGUUUUGGUUGGGGAGAAGAGUUCUUCGAAUUGAAUCGAGAUGUGCUGGACUUGUACGCUGCGUGUAGCAGCUCUGAUGAAGUUGAGGAGGCGGAGAAGGACUUCUUACGGAGCCUUGAGGAAGAGGCUGCUCAUCGGAAGAUGCGAAUGAUGCCCUCUAGCGACUCGUCGAGUGAUGAGGAAGACUAUGAAGAGGAGGAGACGAGAGAAGUUGAUGCGUGUGGUAAUUAUAUCGAAAAAUAA